GAGCGGUCGAAAGCAGGGUUGGAGGAGACAGGGAUUUGAGCGGGUUUAGUGGGAUUGGGGGUGGGUUGAGUGACAGGGGCGUAGAUAGCUGGAAGAGAUUGGUGGGCCUGGGAUCCAGGGCAGGUGAUGGUUUUAGGGCAGGUACGGGUGCAGGUCCGGGUGCAGGUACGGGUGCUGGUAUGGGUGCAGGUUCGGGUGCAGGGCGUUUGGGCAGGAGGGGUCAGGGGGAUGAGAUAGUGGCGCCUCCCUUGACGUUCCUCCCCACGUACAUGGGCAAGAGGGCUGCUGGCGAGCGUCUGUCUGUUGCUGAACUUCCAUCUGCGCAGCCGGCUCCAGGUGGUUUCUCAGGUGCUGUGUCAGGUGCUGCUGGUCUAGGUCCUGAGGGUGGGGUCCAGCGUGUGGGGCAGAUGGGGAAGGGCAAGGAAAUGGUUGCGGAGGAAGAAGAAGGGGUGUAUGCACAGACUGCCUUGAUUGAAUCCGCUGCUGGUGGUCUUGGUGUGGGCGUUGCCGCGAAUGCUGCUGCUGCUGGGCGCUCGCAGCCUACUGCUUCGGCUGCUCCUGCUCCUGCUCCUGCUGCUGCUGCUGCUGCUGCUUCUGCUGCUGCUGCUCCCAAACCGUUGACCCCUGUUGAUUCCAUCUCCAAGCCUGGAUUCCCUUGGGCUGGAGGUACCGGGGCAGGCACCAGUAUUGCAGGUGCGGGUGCAAGUACAGGUAUGGGUGCAGGUGUAGGCACGGGUAUGGGUACGUUUGGAGGUUCGGUCUGGGGUAUGGCAGCAGGUGCAAGCACCGGUGCAGGUGAAGGGGCAGGAGCGAGCAGGGCGGCAAGAGCAGAUGCAACUGGGGUAACUAUACGAGAGAAGCGAGAGGAUUCGCAGCAGGUUGGGGGCGAGGCAGAGAAGGAUGGCGGAGUUGCGAGAGGAUUUGCAGCAGCAGCAGGGGCAGGUGCAGGUGCAGCAGCGGCACCAACAGCAGGUGCCGCUGGUGCAGGUGCCACCAGUAAGGCUAGAGGUGGAGGAAGCAAGGAGAGAGAGCCGUUUGCCACGUCAUCUGAUGAGCCGACCAUUGUGAUACGCCCACGUGGAUCCCCUGAUGCCACGUCAGCAGGAGGGGGUGCACGUGCAGGGUUUGCUGGGGGUUUCUCAUUCCACGGCACAGGGGCAGCCCCGGCAGGCUCGGCAUUCCCCUCUGCAGGUUUGGAAACCCCGAAGCUGUUCGGUUCGGGCAGCAUUUCCAAGUCCCAGACCUCUCCACCUGGAGCUGCUUUGGGCGAGAAGAAGGGUGCAGAGGUUGCCGAGCCUAAGUUCAGCUUCGGCAGCAGGCCAGGCUCGGCAGCGGGUCUGGAUUUCAGUGUGGUAGUCGCCAAGGCAGCAGAGCCAGAGCAAGCAGCAGUAGCACAAGCACCAAAAUUCCAAUUCCGCUCUCCAGCUUUCUCCUUCAGCAAGGCUGUACCAUCACCAUCGCAUGCCUCAAAGCCAGACUCGCCAGCUGCAGCUCCUGUGUCUGUUGCCGCUGCGACUUCUGCCGGCGCUACAGCCGUUGCUGCUACAGCCCCCUCCUCCCCCUCCUUCCCAUCCUCGCCCAUCACUCCCGUCGCCUUCUCAUUCAGAUCCCCAGCCGCCACUACUACCAGCGCUGCCGCUGCUGCUGCUGGUGCGUUUGCUGCUGAUAAGCCACAAGUGCUGGCCGCACCCAAGGCCCUUUUUGCCACGUCCUCUCCCUUCACGUCGUCGGUGGUUCCUAGCACUGGUGCUGCUGGGAAUACCAAAACUGGUGCUGCGGAGACCGCACCAGGUACAGGCUUAGGCUCUGGCACAGCGGCUUCAGCAGAGGCAAAGGCACCAACUGCCACUCCGGUGUUUUCCUUCGGCGCUUCUGCCCCAGCUAAGAGUGGCUUUGCCUUUGGUGCUGCCACUCCUGCAUCUUCCCCAGCUAAGAGUGGCUUCGCCUUUGGUGCUGCCCCUGCGACUCCUGCGUUUGGGGCGACCACUCCUGCUGCUGCUGCUGCUGCUGCUGGUGCUGGUGGUGCAGCAACAACCACUCCUGCCUUUGCAGUGACACCCUUCUCCUUUGCAGGAAAGAGCAGUCCCACAGAGGCAGGUGCAAAGAUAGGGGCAGGUGGCGGGGAUGGGGAGGAGGGUGGGGAGGGGGAGGGGGAUGGGGAGGGGGAUGAGGUGAGUGAGAGACUGCAGUCGGACAGGCCAAAGAAGAGGGGUGGCGUUGCUGUGUGGGGCAAAGGAAGCAGCAGCCCUGUUGCUGAUGGUGGUGAUGGUGGUGAUGGCGGUGCUUUUCCCAACCCUUUCAAGGCGAGGGCUUCCCCACCAACUGCUGAUGGUGCUGCUGCUGCUGCUGUUGCUGAUGGGGGUGAUUUUCCCAACCCUUUCAAGAAAAGGGCCUCCCCACCAACCCAGACAUCCGACAAGCCGGCACAGGCCUCCCCAUUUCCCUCAUCCCCCUCCCCAUUCCCCUCCCCUCCCUCCCCAUUCUCUCCCUCUCCAUUCAAGUUCGGCUCACCAGCAGCAGCGGCAGCAGCGGAGGGAACAGCAGCAGGCACCGCCUCUGCUCCCAUGUUCGCAUUCACCUCCUCUCCUCCUCCUGCCGCCGGCUCCUCCUCUCCGUCGAUCCCCGCUUCCUCUCUGCCCCCCUCUUCUGCGUCCCUGGUUUUUAAUACAGCUGCAGCAGAUGCUGGUGCUUCGAAAGCAGCAGCCGGAGCGUCUUCCUCUCCUGUCUUUUCGUUCAGUGCUGCUCCCUCCUCCACACCCGCUCCCUCCUUUCAACUCUCCCCUUCAAUGCCUGCCACUGCUUUCGCUCCCCCCACUUCGUCUGCUGCUCCUCUCUUCUCCUUUGCCUCCAAGAGCCUGUCACCAUCACCAUCCCUUGCCGCUGCUGCCUCAUCCCCCGCUGCUGGCGGCUUAACCCCUGCUGCUGUUGCUGCCUCAUCCCCUGCUGCCGCUGCUGCCGCUGCUCCGCUCUUCUCGUUUGGUGCGACUCCAUCCGCCCCGCAGUUCUCCUUUGGCAAGGCGGCAGGUACAGGGACAUCCCCGACUGCCACCCCUGUAUUUUCCUUCUCUGCUGCUGCUUCCUCGGCUGCUGCUGGUACUUCGAGCUCUGCACCCUCUUUUGGCCUGUCAUCCGCUCCUGCUGCCACUGCUGCUGCUGCUGGUGCUGGUGCUGGUGCUGCUGAUGGUGUCAGCAAGGGCCUGUUUACAUUUGGAGGGUCUGCAGCAAAUGGCGUUGCUGCACCGUCGCUGCCAACUUUCAGUUUUGGAGCGUCAGCAUCAACAGGCUCAGCAGCAGGAUCAACAGCAGCUCUUGCGGCCCCUCUCUUUGGGGGUUUCACCCCUCCCCCUGCUGCAGCCGGUAAUGCUGCUGAUGGUGAUGGGGGCAGUGGUGGUGCAGACGGCAAUGAAAAUAAUAACCCAGGUGCGGAUGGUGCUGCUGUUCCUGCUGCUGCUUCGCCGUUUGGUGGGUUUGGGGUGAAUGGGAAUGGUGGGGGGUUUGUGGGGGCGUCUGGAGGGUUUUCCAUGGGUGCUGGGGGGGAUGCAGGUGGGGAUAAGACACCAGCAGCAUCGAAUAUUGCGGGAAGGAGAAUCGUCAGGGCGAAACGACCUCUGGCAAGGCGAAAAUAGGGGAGGUGUGGGUGAAUGAAUUGAUUGCCGUAGGUUGGACAUUUGUUAGGUAGCAAUUUUGAUUUAAGCACUGUUCGUUUCAUAGGUUCCUUUUCUAACAUUCUUUACUCUAAUGCCUUUGGCGCAUUGAAUUGAAGUGGCCCAUCUUGCUGGGAUACGAAUUUACC